GUAAUGUAUUUUGGGUGUAUGAUGGAAGCAACUUUUUGGAGAGCAGUCCACAGUCUCUAACUUAUUAUGGUCUUCCUGAUUAUUUGACGAGUAUUGAUGCCGUUCAGAACUGGAAGAAGAACAAAAAGACUUAUUUCUUCAAAAAUGAAAGAUUUUGGAGAUACAACGAAACUUCACAUACAAUGGAUGAUGGUUACCCUUUAACCAUGAAACGUUGGAGAGGAGUACCAGAUGAUUUAGACGCUGCCACUACUUGGAAAGAUGGUGUAACGUAUUUCUUCCGUGGCGGUCUAUUCUGGAAAUUUGACAACGACUGGGUUAUGGUGACAGAUGAAUCCCCGCUUCCCACGCCUCAAGUAUGGUUUGGUUGUGCCGAAAACUCCAAUAAAAUAAUCAACUGGUUCUUAAAGGAAGAUUCCUGAAUUUUUUUAUAUCGUUGAAGGGAUUUGAAAGCGCAGCUGUCUCGUAUUGUUCAUCCUGACGAGGAAAUAAACACAAAGUUUUUGUUGUUGAUAA